UGUGGUCUAUCACAUUUUGAAAAUCUUAUAAGAUGUAAAAAAUCUUUUGGUGUGUACACAGCAUUAAGCAAGUUAACUGAAUAAUGGAAAUUUAUGGUAUUUUUAUAAACUCGUGAAUUAAAAUGUGGUGGACUGAGUCACUGCAGGCUGAAUUGGAAUUGUGAUUUUCACAUGAAGUGUCGUGUGAUGGAGUAUUCGGCUGUGAGAAAAACGGCUUUCAGUCCUGCAAGCCUUAAGACUCACUCUCAGCUUGAGACAGCUGAAAUGGAUCUUGUAAAAUGUGCAAUCGAAUCGCCGAUCACUUUUGAGAAACUUAAAAGAGGAACCACAGAAAGACAAAUAUCCCUUUUUUUCAGACUAUUCUACAUUAUAAAACAAGUUUCUCCAUUAUGAGGAGAAUAAGAAACUGGCUGCGAUCUAGCACACGGAGAAAUCUUUGGCCGAAAAUGUAUCAGAAGACUUGAAAGAAAGGUCAUCUGCAAUUCGGAAAAACAGGCGGCUUUUCUGAAUUUGGUUUAUUGUUUGUUUGUUUUAUUCUUUGUACAGUAGUUAUUGAUCAUUCUAAAUGUAUUUUUAAUAUAUAAUAUUACAUAAAUGCAUGAAAUGUAGGGUAUAACUUAAAAAAGUGCACGUGAGUCGUCAUGGGUGACCCACCCCUCCCCCUCAAACCUCCGCCCUUGAACUUUAUGAUAAUAAAUAGCAGCGAAAGUGAAAGUAUUUCUUGGGUGGCCCUCCUUUGGUUUUCCGUCCAGUGGAAAAGUUUACAAGCCUAUCUGCUGUAAGGACAUUCUUGCUGUAUAGAUUGCUCCAGAAGAAUUUGGUAAGAAAAAUACAGCUGUGAAUAUCACAUCUGUGAAGGCAAAACAGCACUUCUCCUUUUGGUCAUUUAUCCUAAAUAUUCCUUCAUAUCGUGCCUGGAAGCUUGGUUUGAAGAAAGUGAUGUCUGGUACAAAGGGGAAAUAUGCAGAUAAAUGGCCCAGAUAGCCAAGCUGGAGUGACAAAGAUGGCUACAUUUGAAGAUUAUUGUGUAAUAACCCAGGAAGACUUGGAGGGUCUUAAAGAUUGCAUAUCUACCCAGGAUCUCCCAUCAGCAGUAAAAACGAUCAAGGAGUACUUUAAACAGCAGGAUCUUGUAGAACUAAACAUUGGUGUGACGGGAGAGUCUGGCUCUGGAAAGUCCACAUUUGUCAAUGCGUUCAGGGGUUUAGGAGAUGAAGAAGAGGGCUCAGCUAAAACUGGUGUAGUGGAGACCACUACAGAACCAGAGGUUUACCUUCACCCAAAAUACAAAAAUGUGAAAGUGUGGGAUCUGCCUGGCAUUGGAACGCCAAACUUUAAAGCUGAUGAGUAUCUUGAACGGGUUGAGUUUAAGCGUUAUGAUUUUUUCAUCAUCAUUGCUUCAGAUCGGUUCAGAGAAUGCCACACUCAGCUGGCCAAAGAGAUCAUGAGGAUGGGGAAAACGUUUUAUUUUGUUCGUUCCAAGAUUGACUUCUGCAUUACUGCUGAGAAGAGGAAGAAGAGCUUUGACCAGAAAACGACUCUGGAGACAAUACGAGAGGACUGUGAAAAGGGUCUGAGAAAGAUCGGUAUAAAAGAUCCUGUUGUGUUUCUGAUCUCUGGAUGGGAGCUCGGAAAGUAUGAUUUAAAUGUUCUGCAGGAGAGGAUGGAGAAGGAGCUUCCACAGCAUAAGAGACGAGUGCUGAUGUUGGCUUUGCCAAAUAUUACACUGGAGAUUAAUGAGAAAAAGAAGAAAGCUCUAGAGGAAAACAUUGGAAAAGUUGCCUUCCUGUCUGCUUGUGUGGCAGCUAUUCCUCUCCCUGGACUUUCGAUCGCUGCAGAUAUAGCCAUCAUAGCAGACGAGCUGAGAAAGUACUACCGUGCAUUCGGUCUGGAUGAUCCAUCACUGCAGAGGCUCUGUGAAAGAUCUGGGAAGACCAUCGAGGAGCUGAAGAGUCUAAUGAAGUCUCCCCUCCAUCAAGGCAUAAACCCAAGUUCAAUAUUAACCUUGCUAGGUGCUGCAUCCCUUCUUAUAUCAGAAGAUGCCAUUGAAUUACUUGUGAGCUUCAUACCAAUUGUUGGCACUUUGGUGGCAGGAGGUUUGUCUUAUCUGACAGUCUCAAGAAUGCUCAAGAGAGCUCUGAAUGACAUAGCUGAGGAUGCUAAGAAUGUGCUGAUGGCUUCAUUGGAGACUGAAGUGUAACUGUAAAAAACGAUGAUAAUAUUCAACAUCAUUAUAACUAACUGCUUUUGGGGUAUUUGAAGACAAGUAUAUUUGUUUAUCACAUUUAAUGGCAAAAUAUCUAAUCAACAUUUAUUAUACAGAUUUAUCUUUACAUGUAUUUACUAACAGUUAAUUAUAUCGAAAGCAACUUAUAUUUGAGGAGAAAUACAAACAAAUUAUUAAAUGUUUACGAUUUGAUGUAUUAAUAAUUGUAACAUUUAGAUAAAUAACUGUAGUUACUGUUGUUUUCAAUAUACUACUGUUUUUGUUGUAUAUUACACAUUAUAAAAAGAAUGCCAUGAAAUAUUGAGUGUAACGUCAUAUUUAUAAAUCGUAUUCAAUGGAUGCCACUUUACAAAGCCCUCCCUGAACCUACCGCUAAAAAUAGCCAAUAAAAUGUAUUUUAUUUCCACUUGUCAAAUAGCCUAUUUCUUUUAUUUUUAUUGAAAAUAAAUGCCUUUUCAAUAUGAUAUGUGAUGGGAAAAGGAGAAGGGCUGUGCACUCCACUUUUAGACAUGCAAACUAGCCCUACGCACUUCCCCUCAGUGGAGUCUCUGCUGUCAUUUUGAUGUGCGUUUCACUUUAUGAAGUGGGAAAGGGAAGAUUAUAUGGACAGACUCUCGAACCUUUGAUUUUGCCAGAGGGAGCAAGUCUGCUUCAUAUGCACACUUAAUAUAUUCAUACAAAUCAUCCCAAACCCAAACAACUCUAUAAUAUAUAUAUUAUUAUUAUUUUUAUUUUUUUAUGUUCAUAACAUCCCAAGGAUUCCUAUAUACAUAUAGAAUGAUGCACCAAACUAAUUAUUAAGGGAAAAUUUUAAACAAUUAACUAACUUGACAUUUGCUCUGACACAGUUAAACUGAGUUCUUGUCAUAUUUUAUUACCAUGUUCUAAAGUAUAUAGCGAAUAAACUGUGAUAAUGUGAGAAA